UAUUUUUGCUUCUUUUUGAUUUUAUUAGAGAAAAAAAUGUGUUCCAGAGAGAUCGUUACAUUACAGUUAGGUCAUUAUUCAAACUUUGUUGGCACACACUGGUGGAACAUACAGGAUGCGUCUUUCCUGUACAAUCCAACAGAAGCACAACAGAAAGAAAAAGAAGUGGAUCAUGAUAUUUUAUGGCGAGAAGGAAGAACACUCAAAGGUGAAAUAACAUUUACCCCCAGACUUGUAGCAGUGGAUCUGAAAGGGAGUCUGAAUACUCUAAAACAAGAAGGAGUCUUGUAUGAAACAAAUCAACAAGAAGAUAUCAAAUGGAGUGGUGAUAUCACACUUCAUAAGUCAACCCCAGCAGAAAAGAAUGCUUAUUUAACAGAACUUGAAAAAGAGGAUCAAGCAAUAUUAGAAGACAAAGGAAGACUCCCAGGCACUUCAGACGUAAUAUAUGAUGAUGUAGACAUGAAAGAUUCCUCCUCUAAUACAACAAAAGAUACAGUCGAAAUUAGCAACUAUGCCCCUGUGGUUUUCGGUAAAGUCUUUCACAAUUUGGAUGAUGUUGUGAGAGUUUGGUCAGAUUACCUCCGAGUUUAUCUACAUCCAAAGUCAAUCCACAUCAUAGAACAGUACAGCCAUUUAAAUAGCCUCCAUCCGUUUGACAUACAUGGAGCUGGUCACAAAGCUUUGGAAGAUCAUGAGGCAAGAAAGGAACUCGAAGACAGGAUACACUAUUUCAGCGAAGAGUGUGAUAGUUUACAGGGUUUUCAUGUACUGGUGGAUACACAUGAUGGAUUUGGAGGGUUUGCUGCUGAGACUUUGCAACAUUUACAAGACGACUACUCAUCAAAGUCUAUCAUGACGUUUGGAUUCACCCCAUCUAAUCUUCCUGAUGAUACUGCAGUCAGAAGAGCCAACAGAAUCCUGAACUCAGUUUUAAGUUAUCACAGAUGUUUUACACACAGUUCCCUGUUUUUCCCUUUAUCCUUAGCAAAUAGUCUAUGGAAGACAAUAGGAAAUUAUGCAAACUUUCCUCAACUUGAUUAUAAGCUGAUUGACUACCACACAAGUGCUGUCUUAGCAGCUAGUCUAGACACUGUCUCCAUGCCCUACAGAACAGUUAAUCCCAUACACAUGUGUGACAUUACCAACAACUUCAACAGUCUUGGCAAAAAGGUUGGAUCUAUGAGCACGGCCUUGCCUUUCUUGUUGGAAGCUGAAUCCAACUUUGUGGACAUGAUACAGGAACUAGAAGGCCAUCUACCAUGGCUCUCAAUCACUCCUCAUUGUGUUAAUCAGUCCGUCCCUUUCAUGCAGUCAGUGGUGGUCAGGGGAAUUCCAGAAAAUAUUCCAAGAAGUCCUAGAGGCCUCUACAGUUCUUGUCGAUCAGUUAAUGACACGUUACAAGUUUAUCUCACAGAAAACUUCAACUCCUGUCUCAACGCUGGAACAGUGGUCAAAAGUCCUACAAAAGUGUGUACACCAUUUCCACACAUCUUCAGAAAGAACAUUAACAAACAUGGACUUGUUUCAACCACGGAGAGACAUCAGUUUGAAGGCAUUGACUCAGUCCCUAUGAUGACCAGUAUGCAGUCCAGUCCUGACACUGCACAGCUGCUGAACACCUUGUACACGGAAGCCAAGAAACUAAACAUUAGGAAACACGCACGGUACCUAGAGUGUGGCCUGGAAGAAGAUGAGUAUCAGGAGAUACUUCAGGAUGUGGCAGACCUAGAGAAAUGUUACAGGCCAAAAAGUGACAUGGGUUGACAGCCAAGGGACCCUUAGGCUACCUAAAAACAAAUAAUGCUUAAAACAGUGCAGUUCAGCUUCCCCAAUUACCAUUUAUACAGACUAGCUGAACACAAGAUACAACAACUGAUACAUUUGCUUCAAUGCAAUAAUAUUUUUUUAAGUGCAUUGCUUAACUAUUGAAAGCUACCUUUUGGAAUAUGUAAGAUUUGUUUCUUUUUCUUACAAUUAUAUGUGUGGCAUAUACAGUUUAUGAAUUACAGCUUCCUUGAGCCCUCACUUAAGAGUUUUCCAAAGAAAGCCAUUUUCAAAGUUCAUGUUGUGUGAAAGUUUAGAUUUGUUAAGACAUUUGUGAUACCUGUACAUUACUUCAAAUGUGCCAAAUUUUGUUUUCAAGAAUGUCAUUAAA